AAAACCACCUCCCCUUUUUCUUUAUGAUGCCAUGUUGGGUUGGUUUCCGAGCAAACGAUUGGCUGUGUUACUGCACCCUCACCCCUUUUCCCUCUGUUCUUUUCAUAUUUAAAGCAGAGCCACAUCAUUCUCAUUUAGAGGCGCAAAACCAACCCAACAAAAUAAAGAACGCAGGAUGGCCCAGCAGGACUUGUCACAGGAAGAAGUCAAUGAACUGAUCCAUCAGUCCCACGAGGCCAAAGAGUUUUCUUUCUCUCCCUACAGCAAAUUUAGAGUGGGAGCAGCACUCAAGACUCGAGACGGCCGCGUCUUUAAAGGUUGCAAUGUGGAGAAUGCAUGUUACAAUCUGGGAGUGUGUGCUGAAAGAAACGCCAUUGCAAAGGCCGUGUCAGAAGGUUACCGAGACUUCAUCGCCAUUGCCAUCGCCAGUGAUAUGGAAAACGAGUUCAUCUCCCCAUGUGGAGCCUGCAGACAAGUCAUGAGAGAGUUUGGGUGUAAAUGGGACGUUUAUCUUACAAAGCUCGACAAGUCGUACAAGAAGAUGACUGUGGACGAGCUACUGCCCUGCUCCUUUGGCCCUGAAGACCUGUCCAAGUAGAAGGUGUCCAACAUUCCCAGCAAUCACCGAGUUUGGUUUAUAUGACAAAUUAAUUUACGGAAGCAAGACAAGAUUAGAUACAACAUACUACUUUAAAUAAAUAAAUGUCUCGUGAAAAAAGGUUUCAGUGAAGCUACUGUACUGCAAUAAAAGAAAUUCACUUAAAAGUUUUGUUUGUUUGUUUCGCGCACACCUUUAACAAUAAACGCCACAUGUUUAGCAGCAGU